AUGUCGGACCAGAAGAUCGCCAUCGUCUCCGUCUACGACAAGACCGGUCUGUUGGAUCUGGCCAAAGGCCUCAACCAGCAGAAUGUUCGCAUUCUCGCGUCCGGUGGCACUGCCAAAAUGAUCCGCGAGUCGGGUUUUCCCGACACUGUUGCCAAGAUCAACGUAACCAUCCCCGAGGCUGUGGAGGAGAUUGACAUUGGUGGCGUCACCCUCAUUCGCGCCGCCGCCAAGAACCACAGCCGUGUCACGAUCCUGAGCGACCCCAACGACUACGCCGGUUUUCUCAAGGAACUUGAGGCUGGUGAGAUCACCGAGGCCAGCCGCAAUGCCUACGCACUCAAGGCCUUCGAGCAGACCGCCGACUACGACUCUGCCAUCUCCGACUUUUUCCGAAAGCAGUACGCCUCUGAAGGCAAGCAGCACAUGACCCUGCGCUACGGUGCCAACCCCCACCAGAAGCCCGCUGCCGCGUUCACCGACGCCGGCGAUAUCCCCUUCAAGGUCCUCGGCGGUUCGCCAGGCUACAUCAACCUCCUUGAUGCCCUCAACGCCUGGCCCCUGGUCAAGGAGCUCAAGGAGGCCCUCGGCAAGCCUGCCGCUGCCAGUUUCAAGCACGUUUCGCCUGCCGGCGCUGCCAUUGGUAUUCCUCUGACCGAGGAUGAGCGCAAGGUGUACUUCGUCAACGACAUCGAGGGCAUUGAAUCCUCGCUUCUGGCUCAGGCCUACGCCAGGGCUCGUGGUGCCGACCGCAUGAGCAGCUUCGGUGACAUGAUCGCCCUGAGUGAUACUGUGGAUGUGCCCACCGCUAGCAUCAUCUCAAAGGAGGUGUCUGACGGUGUUAUCGCGCCAGGAUAUGAGCCCGCGGCCCUGGAGAUCCUCAAGAAGAAGAAGGGUGGCAAGUACCUCGUCCUCCAGAUCGACGAGAACUGGGUUCCUGCCGACGUCGAGACGAGGACUGUGUACGGCAUCAAGCUGCAGCAGCACCGCAACGAUGCCAAGAUCGGUCCCAACAUUUUUGGCACCAUCAUUACUCCCAAGGACUCAGCUCCUCUUUCCGAGGAUGCUCUGCGGGACCUCACAGUCGCCACGCUUGCCGUCAAGUACACGCAGAGCAACUCUGUCUGCUACGCCGCCAGGGGCCAGACCAUCGGCCUAGGCGCCGGCCAGCAGUCUCGCAUCCACUGCACGAGGCUUGCCGGUGACAAGUCAGACAACUGGUGGCUUCGCUUCCACUCGAGGCGGCCGAGCCUGCCCAAGGGCGGCAAAGAGCGCGAGGCCUUUGAAGGUGUCUUCGAGGAUGUGCCGGCUGCCUUCACCGAGGCCGAGCGGGAGGAGUGGCUGGGCAAGCUGACCAAUGUGGCAGUUUCGAGCGAUGCCUUUUUCCCCUUCAUCGACAAUGUCUUCCGCGCCGCGCGGUCAGGCGUCAAGUACAUUGCGGCCCCAGGCGGCAGCCAAAACGACAGCGCCGUCUUCGAGACGGCAGAGAGCCUCGGCAUCACCUUUGUGGAGCAGUCCCAUCGUCUCUUCCACCACUAG